UAUAUAAUGAGAGGGAAUGCCGAAGGGUAAUAUGAUUACGAAGUUGGAAAUAUAUCUCUCAGAUUGUCCAAAAAAAUUAAAAUGAAUAAUUAGAGAAUUAAGGUUUAGGGUUUUCAUCAAGGAAACGCCCCCAUUUUCAUCGUCAUGGACCGGCCGGAGCCGGAAAACCCCGACGUCGUUCCUACUACAGCUCUGGCAUAUCUUGAUCGGAACUACUGGGAUAAGAGGUUCGCUCAAGAGGAACACUACGAAUGGUUCAAAGAUUAUUCCCAUUUCCGUCACAUUGUUCUUCAACACAUUAAACCUCAAACUUCUGUGUUGGAGCUAGGAUGUGGAAAUUCUCAGUUGUGUGAAGAAUUAUAUAGAGAUGGCAUUACUGAAUUGACCUGCAUUGAUUUGUCUCCCAUUGCAGUAGAGAAGAUGAAACUGAUGAUCGGUAACAGAACCUAAAGUAGGCAUUUCAAGAAACUGAAAU